AUGCUGACGCAGGAGCCGCAGCAGGUCAUCCCCAACCUGCCGUCCCUGCUGCCCCUGCCGUGCCUGCCGUCCCUGCCGUCCCUGCCGUCCCUGCCGUCCCUUUCGUGCCUGCUGUCCCUGCUGUCCCUGCCGUCCCUGCCGUCCCUGCUGUCCCUGCUGUACCUGCCGUCCCUUUCGUGCCUGCCGUCCCUGCCAUCCCUGCCGUCCCUUUCGUGCCUGCUGUCCCUGCUGUCCCUGCUGCCCCUGCCGUCCCUGCCGUCCCUUUCGUGCCUGCCGUCCCUGCCAUCCCUGCCGUCCCUUUCGUGCCUGCUGUCCCUGCUGUCCCUGCCGUCCCUGCCGUCCCUGCCGUGCCUGCCGUCCCUUUCGUGCCUGCUGUCCCUGCCGUCCCUGCCGUCCCUUUCGUGCCUGCUGUCCCUGCUGUCCCUGCCGUCCCUGCCGUCCCUUUCGUGCCUGCUGUCCCUGCUGUCCCUGCCGUACCUGCCGUCCCUGCCGUCCCUGCCAUACCUGCCGUUCCUGCUGUCCCUGCCGUCCCUGCCGUCCCUGCUGUCCCUGCCGUCCCUGCCGUCCCUUUCGUGCCUGCCGUCCCUGCCGUCCCUGCCAUACCUGCUGUCCCUGCCGUCCCUGCCAUCCCUGCCGUCCCUGCCGUCCCUUUCGUGCCUGCUGUCCCUGCCGUCCCUGCCGUCCCUGCCGUCCCUUUCGUGCCUGCUGUCCCUGCUGUCCCUGCCGUCCCUGCCGUCCCUUUCGUGCCUGCUGUCCCUGCUGUCCCUGCCGUACCUGCCGUCCCUGCCGUCCCUGCCAUACCUGCCGUCCCUGCUGUCCCUGCCAUACCUGCCGUCCCUGUUGUCCCUGCCGUACCUGCCGUCCCUGCCAUACCUGCCGUCCCUGCUGUCCCUGCCAUACCUGCCGUCCCUGUUGUCCCUGCCGUCCCUGCUGUCCCUGCCAUACCUGCCGUCCCUGCUGUCCCUGCCAUACCUGCCGUCCCUGCCAUACCUGCCGUCCCUGCCGUCCCUGCCAUACCUGCCGUCCCUGCCGUCCCUGCCGUCCCUGCCGUCCCUGCCAUCCCUGCUGUGCCUCUGA